CGCGGUCAUCGGCGUCGGUCAGUGUGACACUAGUCGCGGAACUUUGCGAAAUAUUAUUGCUGUUCCGGGAGAGCGUGACCUGCCCUAAAAAGUAAAUAAAAGCGACCGUUGGAGGAUCGUUUACUCUCCGAAACAACGCCGUGGCAGCAGAACGAAAAUUGAGUGAAAUUUAUGGUGUGUUAUAUGAGCGCCAACGAGGAUCAACUCAACAAACUUUACGAGCGACACGUGUCCUCGCUGGGUGGUGACCUUCCAGCAAAAGGGACAAGGGACAGUCCGCUACGACGUUACGACGGUCGUGAAUGUGGAGUGACUACAAAGUGUACGAUAAUUACGGUGUGGAAUUCUGAAACUGAAACUGACCGGAGGUUGUGAAUUUGUUUGUGCUGAUUUGUGACGAGAAGAAGAAGAAGAAUAAUAACCAUGAAGAACGCCAAGAAGUACAUCAUCGGAGCGUCGGCGCUGCUUAUCAUUCUGGUCGGUUGCGGAGUGGCCGUUGGAAGAGCCCUCACCAACGAUGACGAGUACAUGUAUGACGACACCCCCAAAGCGAUGGAGCAAAUCCUGACGGAGAUCCGUAGCCAUAUGCAGGACUACUCGGUUGCAGCCUACAUCGUACCCUCGGUCGAUGCCCAUAACAGCGAAUACAUCUCCCAGCACGACCGUCGCUACCAGUACGUCACCAACUUCACCGGCUCGGCCGGCACGGCCAUCAUCACGCUGGAGAAGGCACUCAUCUGGACCGACUCGCGGUACCAUCUGCAAGCGGAGAACCAACUGGACUUCACCUACUGGACCCUGAUGAAGGAAGGCGUCCCUGGAGUGCCAACCCGCGACCAGUGGCUGCUGGAUAAUCUUCCCUCGGGAUCUCAGAUCGGAACUGAUCCCUUUCUGAUCGCGUCCACCGAGUUCGAUCGCCUGGGGAGGGUUCUCUAUGCCGGGGGUCAUCGUCUGAUUACGCUGGAGCGCAAUCUGGUGGAUAUCGUGUGGAACAAUCGACCGCCGCAGACCAACGGACCGCUGAUCCCGUUAGAUGUGAAGUACUCGGGAAAACGAGCUUCCGCGAAAAUUGCCGAACUUCGUGAGAGCCUCGAUACCCACAAAGCCACGGCGAUCGUGAUCAACGGCCUGGAUGAAAUCGCAUGGCUUCUUAACCUUCGGGGAUCGGACAUCCGCUACAAUCCUAUCUUUUUCGGCUACGUGAUCGUUUCUCGUGGUCAGAUUCUGCUAUUCACCAAUCCGGACCGGAUCAACGAAACCAUCCAAGAGCACUUCCGUUCGGAAGGAAUCACCGUUAUCGUUCGGGAAUAUGGACAAAUUCUCGCCGGAAUCAAAGAUCUGACCGAUGAUGGCGAUAAACUGAUCGUGUCCACUUCCUGCAGUCAGGCGAUCUACGCCCAGGUUCCAGCUGAUCAACGAAUUCAAGUUUACAGCAUCGUUGCUACGACGAAAGCUGUCAAGAACUCCGUAGAAGCAGAAGGCAUGCGAAAGGCUCACAUCCGGGACGGUGCAGCCGUCGUUCGGUACCUUCACUGGCUCGAAGAAAACAUAACGGAGAACAUAACGGAGCUGUCGGGUGCAGCGCAGCUCCGUGAGUUCCGAAGCAUGCAAGAGAAUUUCGUGGAUUUAAGUUUCACCGCGAUCAGUGCCUUUGGUCCUAAUGGAGCCAUCGUCCACUACAGUCCCACCGAAGAGACGGACACUCUGAUCACUCGGGACAACGUCUACCUGAUCGAUUCCGGUGGUCAGUACUGGGACGGAACGACGGACAUCACCCGUUCGGUGCACAUGGGUGAACCGACAGCCUUCCAGAAGGAAGCUUUCACUAGAGUUUUGAAAGGUUUCCUCAGCCUUGGAUCGGCGGUCUUUCCGACAAAGACCUCCGGAACGUUCUUCGAUGCCAUGGCUCGCCGGGCACUGUGGGACGUGGGAUUGGACUACGGCCACGGAACCGGUCAUGGAAUUGGAUCCUUCCUGGGGGUUCACGAAUAUCCGCCUUCGAUCGUGUCCAAUUCGGCGUCACCAAGCAAUCAAGGACUUCAGGAGAACAUGUUCACCUCGAAUGAACCGGGAUACUACGAAGCCAACGAGUUCGGGAUCCGUCUGGAAGACAUUGUCCAAGUGGUGAAGGCUAACGUAGCACACGACUUUCAAGGCCGUGGAGCGUUGACUUUCUACACCAAUACGGUGGCUCCGCUGCAGACAAAGCUGAUGGAUGUUACGCUGAUGAGUGAUCGCGAAGUGGAACUGGUCAACAACUAUCACGAAAGGGUUCUGAGGGAGGUUGGAGCACUUCUUUUGGAACAGCAAGCGGACGAUGCCUAUGUUUGGCUCGGCAAGCAGACGCAACCGAUAGCGAAGUCGUAGUAUGAAGUAAAUGCGUUUCGAAACCGA